UUUUACUAAUUCCAGUUUCUAUAUGCUAACUGCAGGAAUAUUAUCUUUCACAUAUUUAAUUUUAUCGUUAAAAAAUAAGCAGAUUAUUCCUUCUAGGUUACAAAUUAGCGCUGAAAUAUUAUAUGGAUUUGUUAAACAUGGUAUACAUUUUUUAUCGUUAUUUUUACCACAUGGUACACCCUGGUGGUUAGCACCAUUAAUGAUUACUAUUGAAUUAUUUGCUUAUCUUGCAAGACCUGUCAGCCUAUCUUUAAGAUUAGCUGCUAAUAUGAUUGCUGGUUGUAGCAGGUUUAUUGGUGUAGGUUUUAUGGCUAUUGGAAUGUUAGGUGCCGCUCUUGGUCCCGUAAUCCUUCAGAAACUGAACAAUUACAAAGACUCGCUCUUAUUGGAGCUGGUCUUGCAGAAGCUAUGGGAUUGUUUUCAUUUG